GAUGGCACUUGCAUCGUGACCGGUUCGAAGGAUAAGAUUGUCUGGCUGUGGGAUGCAGCGACAGGACAGCCAGUUGGCGAGCCCUUCCAUGGGCACAUUGGCUCAGUUACCUCAGUCUCGUUCUCGCCGGAUGGCACUCGCAUCGUGACCGGUUCGGACGAUACCACUGUCCGGCUGUGGGAUGUAAUGACGAGGCACCCAUUGCAGCAGUAUCCAGAGAAGAUUCAUUCAGCAUUAUCAGAUGAAUGUUGUAUCAUGCAUCCCAUCGAGGCCACCGCUGCCACGACAAGCCACACUUGGAACAGUAACCCAAUCCGCUUCUCGUCCAACUCUACCCAUGCGCUGUGCGACUCUUCGGAAUUGACGGAGGGAGCAUCUCAUGAUGAAACUCGCUUCACCUUCCCCUUCCUGAUUGAUUAUUACUUCAGGCCGACCCCCUUUCUGAUGGCUGAUGAUGGAUGGAUUGUAGGACCCAAACAUCGGCUCUUUUUCUGGGUACCACCCGCUUCUCGACACCCAUUUUAUAGUCCUGGGACCGCAUUAGUGUUACCUAGAGGGGGUGCAGAACUUGAUUUGAGCCGCAUGGUACAUGGACAACACUGGCAAAAGUGCCGAGAUUAGUGAGUCCCUCGAGCCUUUUCUGUUCCUCGCGCGUACUAAAAUCAACACUUGUAGACCUUAUUAACAAUAAUCUCAUU